CCUAAAACGUUAAUUAACUCUGUUUCUCUCUCCCAGGAUACUGCAAGAAGGAUCAAACGAACUCGAAACGAAAACUUUGUUUUUCUCUUUCACAGAUGCCGUCAGACCUGCUGAGUUUUUCCAGCGUUUUCUGUUUUUGAUACUACAAGACCUGUUGAGUACUCCUAGCAUUUUCUGUUUUCAUUUCAGAGUUCCGGCAUCGUCAAUAUUUAGCUUUUGCAUUUACUACUCAACCUGUGCUACUGGGAGAAAAGGGGCUCGAGCAAAACUUUAACCUGUCUUUUCCCUAGUUAGAGAUGUUAACUGGCCUGUUGUGUUUCCUGCACUGUUAAAUCUGCACUUUGUCUCCAAUAAUUUGCUGCAGUUGCGCUAGGUGACGCUAUGCGUCCUGAGAGUCGUAGUUUACGACGAGAAAUUAAAUCCUGAAUUCGCAUGGCGAUGGGGAAUGAUGGAAAGGCAAUAAAUAAUCAGAGGCGGCAGGGGACAGUAUUCCGUGACCCGGAAGCGCUGUGUGCCGUUUUUCGGGCUGUUUUCGAAUGCGAGUCAGUUGGGAUCUGCCGGCUGGAAGCGCGAGCGAGCUGGCCUGCAGCAGCAAGUGUAACGUUAUCGUCCAUCGGAUUACGCGAAAGUCUUCAAGCCUCCCGUCUAAAAAAUUCUUCACAUCAACUAAUUGCUUUAAAAAAUGACUCUGAUGAUUGGACACAGCAGGAGCACCAUGACUUAACUGGAGUUUGCAGUUUUUACUUGGAAGAUGAUGAAUGCAGAAAUUCCAAACUUGACACUGACACCUCUAUUCCUUUGCAAAUAUCUAGCAGUUUCACAACAGUUUCCUCUGCACAGCAUUGUCAAAGAAUAAACUUUGAAAAGAAGUUGGAUAUUCAAAGUCAGAUGGAAGUACACAAUAUAAGCAGGGCUGAAAACAGAGGUAGUAGUACACUAGAUGACCCUUUAACCCCAGGUCAAGUUACCAAACUCUCAGAUGAUAACAGGAGAAUAACAUUCCUAUUGAAAGAGUUGAAUGCUGUGGCAGAAUCUAAUAAAAAGCUUCAGAAUAAACUGACAGAAAAAGAGGGUGAAUUGGAAGUUUUAAAACUUGACACCGAAUUACAAGAAAAAGCAAUAGAAGCCAAAAUAGCUGAAAAGGCUACAGUUCUAGUUGAAGAAGUCUAUCGUGCGCAAAAGGAACGGGAUGCAGCUGUUAUGGCUAGACUUAGACUUGCCAAUGAGGAGAGAGAUGAAGCUCUUGUGCGAGCUAAACGGCUAGAACACGCCAUUGAGGGGUUGGAAAAUAUUAACCCUGAAGAAAAUGACAUGACAUUGCAGGAGUUACUGAACCGAAUCAACAAUGCAGAUACAAGAAGAGGAAUUGACAAGAAUGGAGAUUUAAUUGUGGAUCGAAUACACAAAACCAUGGAGCGAAAGAAGAAAAUAACUGCUGAAGAAAUUAAUGCGGUUAUUGAGGAAAGGGACGCUGCCUUAGGAAGAUGUAAAAGGUUGGAGCAGGAACUUCAUCUUUUGAAAGAGCAGAACCAGACAAUGGCAAACAACAUGAAACAACUGACUACUGAAAACAAUGUAGAACGUGCCUUGAAGGCCCAACUACUAACAACACAGAAAGAAAGGGACGGAGCUUUACAGCGAUGUAAGAAACAAGAUGAAGAAAUUCAGACACUCAGACUUUAUUACAGCUUACACAAGUCAUUAUCUCAAGAGGCUAGUCUCACAGACCAGUUCAACAUUGCGCUGGGCACUUAUGAUGAUGCUUUACGUGCCAGCAAGGGUAUUAUGUCAGCCACACACCACCAAAAUGAGGAUCUUGCAAACCAGUUACAACUGGCUGUGGCAGAGCAGGUGAACAUGGGGAUUAAACUACAGCAAGCCUUGGAAGCCAAAAAUGAACUAAAUGAAAAAGUUCAGAAGUUGGAACGGCUGGUGGAUGUCCUGAGGAAGAAGGUUGGAACAGGGAACAUCAGGACGGUGAUCUGAUUGAGUAGCAACGUCUGGCAAAGUAGUCACAUCUGGUGACCAGGCCAUUCUAUUCAUUAUUAUACAAAUAAAAAAGCUUGGUCUUAGCAAACAGUUGUUGUAACCAGCACACUGAAAUAACAUUCCAAAAAUAUCCAAAUCUAAUUUUUUUUGAAGUCUGGAAACUUGAUACUAUUCUGUGUUGACAAAAGUUGCAGACAUCCAGGAGACACUUUCAGAUGCACCGAUUUUUACCAGGAAUUUGUAAGAUGUAUGCAUAUUCAUUCUGAUAAUUUAGAAUUAUUACCUUAUUCAGUAAAUUCAGUAAAAACUCAUAACACUUACUUACCAGUUAGAAAAUAUCUCAUCUAUAGGAUGUAAACCAAAUUAUAUUUUUAAACUUUUGAAUCCAGAAGAGAGCAUUGCGGGUUGAGUAGAUGUUUAAUGCCUAGUGUUGUUUUAACAUCAGUCCUUGUGGCUUUUUUCCCUAAUAUUUAACUUUUUAGUAGCAUACUACCAUGUAUCAGUAGCAUUAUUCAGAACAACAUUGUUAGUUCUUUGUGCAAGCCUUUACAUUUUUAAUUUGUUCAGAGUUUAUAUCUAAAUCAUUGUGGCCGUGAGAUAAAGAGCUGUGUAAAUUUGUUAAUGUUGAAUACAUUUUAACUUUCUGGAGGUCUAGGGAAUGGGGUUGAAUUGUGAGCUUUUCAACACAAGUCUCCUGUCUGUAUUUUACAUGAUUUCUUAUUUAACUGUCGUCAAGGAAUAAAUCCACCAAAAGUUGUAUGGUACAAUCUAUUGUGAAUGUAUUUGGAAGUAACAUAAUUCCCAAAAAGACACACCAGACACAGUGAGCUUCUGGUAUCAGUUCAGAUUUGAAGCGGGCAUUUGUAAUUGGUGUUAUUGUAGCAAAAUCGAAAUUUGUUAGUGUUCGAUUUGGUGCCAAAAAGCCAAUUGACACGUACAUGUAAUAAUCUCCUUUUCCUAAAAUGUGACCGUUUUAAUACUUAGAAAAUAUACCAAAAACGUUGCUAUUCCGACGGCUGAAAUCGAAAUAUAAUGAAGGUGUGCUCGCACAUUCAGAUGCAUGCGGUAUAUUCAAAUUUGUAUUUGUACCAUCUAUGAAUUGGGCUGCACUCCAUGUAUUCUAAUUAUGUGAAGACACGAACUUUUAAAUUGUCAGCACCUCGAAUUACAAUGCUAAUAAAAGAUUACAAAGAAAGCAAAA